AUGGCCCAAAAGACUCUCCACACAACCACUUCCUCGCCUUCUUCCGUAUGCUACAUUCAGAUUGACACUAAGAUACUAUACCAACAGCUCUUGAGAAGAACUUGGUCAGAAGAAUUGGAUAAGCUAGAGCUGUGGGGAAUAGUGGUGGACUUGGACGAAAAUGAUUUCCGUGACCAGCAGAACGGCGUGAUGAAGUUCAGAGGAAUAAUUCAGACCAAUGGUGUUGGUAUUUUCAUUAUCAAGCAGAACCAAGGCACCACCCAAGAACCAUGUUCAAGAAGGACUACCACAAUCAACCCUGAAGACAUUCCUUACAGUCAUGACUUGUCCCCAGAACAGCAUGAAAGAAUCCGCGGGCAGUCUACGGCUGAAACGCCGAGAUGUUACCGGUACACCUCCAACCAACAGAACAUCAGACUCAAGAGAACCAAGUUUCGUCACAUUCUUCAGGAUGUCAAAGCUCAAGCCCCCAAUGUUAUUGCUGUAGAACUUGAAAUCUCCCAAACGUCGGGACAAGCAAAUAACACCGCAAACUUUGCCUUUCAUACUUCAGUCGAAGAAGCCAACUUCUCUAUCUUCUCUUCUUUUUAUACUAACACCUUAAGUCAUACCAGCAAAAGACCCUUGUUCUGCAAGCUUCCCCUCGCUUCAUACAUCAAUCAACAUAAAUCCAACAAACGUCUGGCCAAGAUUGUGUCUUUGUUAUGGAAAACUGACACUGUCGGAAGCGCUGCCAACCGUCCCUUUGAACCUUCAAGCAAGUUUUCGGCCCUCGUCCAUAUUGUCGCACCCAAAUGUCAACUAUGUACCAAUCAAAAUUGUUUAGAGAACACAGAUCGGUCACAGGUUAGACAUCGUUUGUGGAAUCAAGAUCUUGCUGCUGUCCUGAACUUCCAAAAUAUACUUAACUACCUGAGACAUAAUGGUACUAUAUCUAAAAAGCUCGGCCGUAUCGUUUAG